CUGAUGGUACAGACGCUGAUUUGGUUAUCGGUUCUACUAGCGGCCACAUCCGCCACGCAGUACGAAUGCCUCCCAUAUCCCGAAAAGAGCACGUGCAUAAUCGAUUUUAUAUACUACCUUGGUGGUGAACCGAUCACUUUCCCAACUGGAUACGAUCACUAUCGGAUCACGUCCCGUUCCGAGAAACAGAUCACUUCCAACGUUACCAUCUUCGACGAAACCCUUUACGAAGCGAUGCAUCGACCGUCGCGCAUCGAAAUGGCCAACACCAACAUGCAAAGUCUAACUCUGCCACCGGAAUUACAGCUGGGAAAUUUUGCCGCAAACAAAUUAUCCUCAGUGACAACUGAAGCCGGACGACACUAUCAAAUCAGUUAUCUAGAUUUGGAAAGUAACAACUUGAAGGACAUCGCGUUCAUCAACAGGCUGGUGAACUUGGAAGUACUGCAUCUGGACCUCAAUCAAAUUUCGUCCAUCCCAGGCUCUGCGGUCGCCCCGUUGACUAAACUUAAGUAUCUCUAUCUUCAAUUUAAUCCUUUCACAUCGAUCCCCUGGACUGACCUCCCGCGAACCCUAAUCCAUCUGGAUUGUUACUACUGCCAUGUGGAAUCCGCCGAGUUCACCAAUGUCAGUUUACCGUCGUUGGAAUAUUUAGGCCUGCAACACAACGCUUUUACUACGAUCAACGUAACGGACUUGCUCCGAGUCGCUCCGCGCCUGAAGGAAGCGCACUUGCAGAACAACGUAAUGACUGAGCAUGAAAGAGACCGAAUAAACGCCAAACUAACGUCGAACAACAUUAGCUUCGUCUAUUCUUCGCCUUUGUUUACAAACUAUUGCUACUACGAUGAUUAUGAAUUCAAAGACGGAACGUGCGUCCGACGACAAUUGGCUUCGAUGGGGACUGGUAUGACCAUACUGUUGUCGGGGGUGGUCAUCGGAAUGGCAGCGACGUUUGUUUACAUUGUGGUGUUAACAUUUAGGCACAUGAACCGAUAACCGAUGCGGGAUAAUCAGAAUAGCCGAUUUGUGUCAGUCAUAGUGCUUAUCAAUGGAAGUGGAGUUUUGUUUUUCUAUGCGAGGUUUCAAUUGUUGGCCGCUCGGUGUUGAUUGGUUUUAUAGGAAAACAUUUACCAUGCGAUUAUCAAUAGAAUAGUGAUUGUUUGUUGAAUUAGAUGUGAUCUUGAUUACAUUUCGAACGAAAUGUGUGAUUGUUUGGGCAAUAACACGAAUAUAGUUCUUCGCAUUAAAUCGAUUAAGUUUAACCACAGAAAACAUCAUUCGAACUGUCUGUCUUUCCUCGAAACAGGCCCCCGUCAAAUCGCUUUUUACCGAGACUCAGAACCGUUUUCAGCAGGUGGUGAAGUUAGAAAUGUCAUUUGCCACCAUGAUAAGCGGCGCCAUAGUGGUAAGCAUGAUUACCUCUCACCCCAGCAGGCCUGGGUUCAAUUUCAGUCGGCGCCGCCGGGUGUACUGAGGCAUAACAUCUCCUCCCUGGCGUCGGUAGCACUGGUGCUUAGCACGGAAAACAAAUCAGAGGAAAAAAAAUAAGUUCCUUGAACUUUAUCCAAUGUCCAUAAUUAUGUUUUUCCAAGUUCUUUCAAUUGAACAACGUGUGGCCUUGUGAAGCUGGUGAUGGCUAACCGGUUUACCGACGCGUGUGUUUGGCAGACAAGUGCCUACGUUCUGGGGAAGUUCACCUCGACGCUUCCUACUUCAUCCAAGCCUCCUGGAUAAGCAGAUACAGGAGACCUCGCUGAUCCGGCAUACUACCAGCCGGGUCCGAUCGAUAUCAUUUUGGGAUCUGACGUCUUUCUUGCUCUCCUCAAGCCACCGGUGGUGUUCCUGUGGCACAGAACACGAUCUUCGGGUGGAUUGUGUCCGGGAAUCAAGCCAUCUACUCAUCAAGUCUUCGAAGCAACGUCUCGAUCGUCAAUCUUCACACAGAGCUGGACCUCAACCGCACAUUGCGGAUGUUUUGGGAGCAGGAGGAGGUUCCGAAGCCACAGCAGUUUACUCCUUCUGAAUAAGCAGCCAUCGAGCUCUUAAGGUCUACUCUCAAACGGGAUGAAAAUGGGCGCUUCAUCGUGCGACUGCUGUUCGAUGAUUCGAAGCUAGCGCUGGGUGAGUCCCUCACUUCGGCCAUCAAGCAAUUGCGAUUGAUUGAACGACGUUUCCGACAGGAUGAGGAAUUCCAUACGCUGUACUCGGAGUUUCUCAGCGAAUACCUGGUGCUGGGGCACAUGGAAGAGGUGCCACCGGACAAACUGGAAGUAGAGACUAGCAAGUGUUUCUACCUUCCACACCAUGCCGUCGUCAAGGCCGAAAGCACGACGACUAAGUUGCGAGUGGUCUUCGACGCCUCGUGCGCGUCGUCGACUGGCGUUUCGCUCAACCCGGGCGGACCGCGACUACCUGAGGAUCGUGUUUCGUGAAUCGGAGGAUCAACCAAUCAAACAUUAUCGGUUGUGCACCGUGACUUACGGAACCAAGUGCGCUCCGUACUUAGCGAUCGAAGCCAUGAAGCAAGUAGCCCGCGAGUACAAUCAAGUGUAUCCCGA